AUGUCCGACGUUACCACCGCCAUCACUUCGGCCUGUGCCUACAAGGCUCGUGAUAGCGAUAAUAUAGCGACAACAUCUGGUUCCGAUAUCCGACCCGACGCCGAACCCCGAAAGCGACGACACUCUUUCUUCAUUCCUAGGAGACGAUCCAUUGUCGGCCAUAUAAUGGACGGCGAGGAGGGUCUCUUGCUCAAAGUCGACUUGUUCCUUUCGGAGCUCGAGCGCCGUCUCGACUUUAUCGAGAACUAUGUCGACCUCAGCAAGGACUCGAGCAUCUCGCGCACCUUUUCCACCCUUCAGGCUGUUCGGUCAAGAUGUUCUCACGCCUCAGAAGAAGUUCUUGGCGCCGGAAGACGUCGUCUACACAUCAUGGUUGACACCCUCGAGACAAGAUACAAAGAGACUUUAGAAGCCGCCGAGUCAUUGAACGAAAAGGCUCAUAUGGGAGUCGACCUGCUUGAGACUAUGCUCUCCGACUUUGAGACCCGCGCCUACAAGUUGCGCGAGCAGGGUUUCGCAAAUGCCGCCAACGCCGCCGAGGCUUUUAUGGACGAGGGACGUCGAGUCGCAAACGAGGGUAUCGAGCGCGCAAUCCAAGCCGCCUACUCUCUAGAGGAACAUAUCCAGCAGGCUAUUGUUCUGGCCAAGGAAGGACGUCUUCUUUCCUAUGACGACCUCCCCUCUCCUUGGCGCAACAACCCCCACAUCCACAAGGGUUAUCGCUUCACGGAGUCUAAACUUGAUUGUAUUCGCUCAGCCUUUGAUCUGUCCAACGAGUCGGUCAACAUUUGGUCCCAUGCGCUCGGUCUCGUAUUGGUCCUGGCCAUUGCGCUCUACUUUUAUCCUAAUACUGCCAACUUUAAUCUCAGCAGCAAGUCCGAUGUGUUUGUCGCCGGAGUCUUUUUCGUCAUGGCUUGCUUGACACUUGUCUGCUCUACAAUUUGGCACACCAUGAACGCCGUGGCUGAUGUGGAUGCUAUUUCGACCUUUGCCUGCGUGGAUUAUACUGGUAUCUCGCUAUUGAUCGCUGCCUCAAUUAUGACGACAGAAUACACGGCUUUCUACUGCGAUCCCCUUAGCCGGUAUACCUACAUGGGUCUAACAGCUUUUCUUGGAAUUGGUGGCGUCAUUCUCCCUUGGCAUCCUCGGUUUAAUGGUGCCGACAUGGCUUGGGUUCGUGUCGCUUUUUAUGUCGGUCUAGCUUUGACUGGAUUCCUUCCCAUGGUUCAGCUUGGAUGGACUCACGGCCUUGACUUUGUUUACGACUUCUACUCUCCCAUUUCCAAAUCAAUGCUUGUCUACUUUUCAGGUGCCGUCGUCUACGCCAGCAAGAUCCCUGAGAGAUGGUAUCCCGGUUGCUUUGACUACAUCGGCGGAAGCCACAAUCUCUGGCACGCUGCCGUCCUCGGAGGCAUCCUGUUCCAUUACUCGGCUAUGCAGACAUUCUUUGCCAAUGCUUUCCACCGAGCUGAGGGUGGCUGCCCUUCCUACUAA